AUGAUGAAGGACUUAAUGUCUAGAAAAUUCGCUUUCCAAGACCUGGACACGGUGACUCUUACUCAGACCUGCAGUGCAGUGGUAACUAGACUAAUUGCGGAGAAGCUAUCUGACCCAGGGAGCUUUACAAUUCCCUGCACUAUUGGUAAUUUUGCUUUUGCUAAGGCACUUUGUGAUUUAGGGGCUAGCAUUAAUCUUAUGCCCCUGACGAUUUAUAAGAGGCUGGGGAUUGAAAGAGCUAGACCCACCUCUAUGCUAUUGCAGCUGGCUGAUAGGACUGUAAAAAGACCCUCUGAUAUCCUGGAUGAUGUGUUGAUUCAGGUGGGGAAAUUUGCGUUCCCUGCAGAUUUUGUGAUCUUGGAUUGCAAGGUAGAUGAAGAAAUUCCCAUAAUUUUGGGAAGGUCGUUCUUGGCCACUGGGAAAGCUCUCAUUAAUUGUGAAACUGGGAGCUCAAUAUGA